GUUUCCUGUCGCUGCUUGGUAACAAUGGGGAAGAUAAUGGCUGCCUGAGCAACGUCUCCGAGCAGGCGCUGGGCUAGAGGCGGGUCUCCACCAGCGACUCAUCGGAGGCGGGCUUGAGAGAGGCGGCAGGGGAGGCGCGGAGCAGCCUCGGCGGAGGCGGCCGAACCGACCGAGUCGGAUCCUGACCCUAAAACCGAAGCAGAAAGUGAAGAAAACUAAAAUCCAGUUUAUUGUAUUUCAAUACUAUGUCAUAACAGUCAGGUAAUUUUCCACUUGUUCAUCAAGAUGGAAAACUCAGAUUCUAACGAUAAAGGAAGUGGUGAUCAGUCUGCAGCACAGCGCAGAAGUCAGAUGGACCGAUUGGAUCGGGAAGAAGCUUUCUAUCAGUUUGUAAAUAACCUGAGUGAAGAAGAUUAUAGGCUUAUGAGAGAUAACAAUUUGCUAGGCACCCCAGGUGAAAGUACUGAGGAAGAGUUGCUGCGAAGACUACAACAAAUUAAAGAGGGCCCACCACCACAAAACUCAGAUGAAAGUAGAGGUGGAGACUCCUCAGAUGAUGUGUCUAAUGGUGACUCUAUAAUAGACUGGCUUAACUCUGUCAGACAAACUGGAAAUACAACAAGAAGUGGACAAAGAGGAAACCAAUCUUGGAGAGCAGUGAGCCGGACUAAUCCAAACAGUGGUGAUUUCAGAUUCAGUUUAGAGAUAAAUGUUAACCGUAAUAAUGGGAGCCAAAACCCAGAGAAUGAAAAUGAGCCAUCUGCAAGACGUUCUAGUGGAGAAAAUGUAGAAAACAAUAGCCAAAGGCAAGUGGAAAAUCCACGAUCUGAAUCUACAUCUACAAGGCCAUCUAGAUUGGAACGAAGUUCAACUGAAGCAUUAACCGGAGAAGUCCCACCUACCAGAGGUCAGAGGAGGGCAAGAAGCAGGAGUCCGGACUAUCGGAGAACCAGAGCGAGAGCUGAAAGAAGUAGGUCGCCUCUGCAUCCAGCAACGAGUGAAGUUCCACGAAGAUCUCAUCAGAGUACCUCAUCUCAGACUAUUGAGCAUUCUUUGUUAAAUGAGACUGAGGGAAGUUCUAGAACCCGGCACCACGUGACAUUGAGACAGCAAAUAUCUGGGCCUGAGUUGCUAAGCAGAGGUCUUUUUGCAGCUUCUGGAACAAGAAAUGCCUCUCCAGGAGCAGGUUCUUCAGACACAGCUGGGAAUGGUGAAUCCACAGGAUCAGGCCAGAGACCUCCAACCAUAGUCCUUGAUCUUCAAGUAAGAAGAGUUCGUCCUGGAGAAUAUCGGCAGAGAGAUAGCAUAGCUAGCAGAACUCGGUCUAGGUCUCAGACACCAAACAACACUGUCACUUACGAAAGUGAACGAGGAGGUUUUAGACGUACGUUUUCACGUUCUGAACGGGCAGGUGUGAGAACCUAUGUCAGUACCAUCAGAAUUCCCAUUCGUAGAAUCUUAAAUACUGGUUUAAGUGAGACCACAUCUGUUGCAAUUCAGACCAUGUUAAGGCAGAUAAUGACAGGUUUUGGUGAGUUAAGCUACUUUAUGUAUAGUGAUAGCGACUCGGAGCCUAGCGGCUCGGUCCCGAGUCGAAAUACAGAAAGGGCAGAAUCACGGAAUGGAAGAGGAGGUACUGGUGGUGGUAGUAGCUCUAGUUCAAGUUCGAGUUCCAGUUCCAGUUCCAGUUCCAGUCCUAGUUCCAGUUCCAGUGGUGAAAGUUCAGAAUCUGGCUCAGAGGUGUUUGAAGGUAGUAAUGAAGGAAGUUCAUCAGCGGGCUCACCAGGUGCCAGGCGAGAGGGUCGACAUAGGGCUCCGGUCACGUUUGAUGAAAGUGGUUCUUUGCCCUUCCUUAGUCUGGCUCAGUUUUUCCUCUUAAAUGAGGAUGAUGAUGACCAACCUAGAGGACUCACCAAAGAACAGAUUGACAACUUGGCAAUGAGAAGUUUUGGUGAAAACGAUGCAUUAAAAACCUGUAGUGUUUGCAUUACAGAAUAUACAGAAGGCAACAAACUUCGUAAACUACCUUGUUCCCAUGAGUACCAUGUUCAUUGCAUCGAUCGCUGGUUAUCUGAGAAUUCUACCUGUCCUAUUUGUCGCAGAGCAGUCUUAGCUUCUGGUAACAGAGAAAGUGUUGUGUAAUUAAGAUCUGAACUCUCAGCUAUGUAGCUGGUAUAGUGAUGGGCAAACAGGAAUCACUUGCUUUUAUGUCCGCUUUUUGAGUGGUGCCUAAAUGUAAAGUAACAACCUGAAUUGAGUCAUUGCUUUCUGAAAGAAUCAUUAUCCUUUCUCCAGUUUCUGUUCCAGAAUAAAAGGAAAUAUUCAAAAAGCAACAUUUUAGGAUCUAAAACUCUGAUGUCAGUACCAGGUGAAUUGGUAGCAGCUCUGUUACUGAUAAUUUAUCAUAUACCUUGUCAGUUUCUCCUUUGUUAUCUUAAAAGAUCUGCCUUAGCAAUGGCUCCUGUCUGUUUCAUGUUGAUCUUUAAAGUUUCCCACGCCAUAGGAGAGAGGGGCGGAGGAAAUUCCCAGUUUAGACUAAGUUACAGUCUGUGUUUCUUAAGUGAUUACUUAAAGCUGUAUCAUUCCCAGUUAUUAGUUGACACAAAUUCAGCCACAUUCUGAAUAUUGUUUGUUCACCUUUCAGACUAGGUGAUACUGGACAUGUCAGUGUAAAUAACACUAAGGUUAGGAUCUUCUAAGUGUAUAAUUGUCUCCUAAGCCCAUCACUGUGGCACACUGUAGAGUGAGCUUAUAGUUUAAUUGAGAUAUUUAUCUUGUGGAAAUAUUAAAAAAGCCUAUGCUUGUGUAAGUGAAAAAAAAUCACAUUCAUUUGUUUAAAAAUGUAAAGCUAUUUUGUAGAGGCUCAGUACUUUUCCAAUGCACUGUUGUAUUAAUGCAUUAAAAACUGUAAAGUACCAUGCUUAGAAAUGAGAAAACUGCUUUUUGUGAGCCAACAUAGUAAAAAAACACACCAAACAAAGUACAAAGCUGCUUUUGUAAGUGUGUAGAUGUCAAGAGCAGAACAUAUCUAUAAUAUUUAAUGUAUGUGAACAGCUACUGUGACAUGCAAAAGAAAGGACAGUGCAGAAUCAAACUGCAUUAAAAAAAACCAAUGAAAAUUGUGUAUUGUAACUUGGAUUUAGGCAGGAAGUGAAAGAUAGGAUGUAAAGAAAACUGCUCUGAAGAAUUUAAAGUUUUCAUGAAGAUAGUGAUAAUGCAGACAUGAACUGGUUUCAUAUGGUGAGAGCAGCAGCAGCAGCUUGAACUGCUAUUCUACCUGAGUAGAUGAAGCAGAUUGGCAAAUUUGGCAGAGCUUUGGUUUAAGAAAAACAAACCACUACCACCUGGCACAAGUUAAAUUGAUGUUUUUAUAAGUCUGCUCCUCAAAAAAAACAAAAAGGUGGAGGAAAGAGACUAUAAACCACUUUUAGCAUACGAAUUGCAGUUGGUACAGAUGUGUGUGCUAAUAGGAAAGUCUCGAAUUUGUAUUGUUUUCGAGAUUUAUCAUUUAAGGUACCAGUGCACACUUGUUAAUAUUUCAUUACUAUCUAACACCCAACAUCUCACGUUUAAAGAUCAGUGGAAGAUUAAGGCAUUUUUAUCCUUUGUUUAAAAUGAAUCAUGUUGGGUUAUUGGAAAUUCAAAUUUUAAUUGUGCUGCCCAUAUUUGAAGAUGAGACUGCUGACUCACUAUGGACAUGCACUUUAUGUUGUUUUCUUAGUAGUAAGAAUAGCUUCGUGAUAACUCUAGUACUCUUGCCUAAUUUCUCUUUUGAGGCUGGUUGGGGUUAGGAUUAGUCUGAUUGUGGAGCAGAUAUUUGUUUUUCUGGGAAAAGCUAACAGGCCAGAAGAGGGAUUGAACACGUCCUUGGCCUUUAACAAAGCAAGCUAACUACCCAGACGUGGUGGUCAGAUACUCUACAAAAGAAACAAGUCUGCUUUAGGAAUUACCUGGCUACCUUCACUGUUACCAACUUAGCUGUAAAGAUUAUUUCAAAGCUCGUUCUAUCAUGUUUUCUUCUGGCUUUCGAAUCCUACCUAAGUAUCAAGGAAAUUGUAAAUAUGGUAGUUGUUUACUAAGGAUAUGUACUGCUCUUGCGAGGAAAUAAUGUCCAAACAAAGCUUCACUUAUUUUUUUUAAUAUAAGCAGAUUUCACUGUUUAUGGCGCUUAUGUAAUACAUUUUAUCUUUUUAAAAAAUUGUCCAUGUAAAAGUCAGGAUUCCUUUAUAUUUGUGAGCCUCCUUGUCUCCUUUCCUAAGGGUGUAAUCUAUGUUUUUCAGAUCUGCAAGGUAGUCCUGAUUGGCUAGAAACAAAUCCAUUUUCUUGACAUAAAAUGUUCUAUUAUUAUAGGGUGUUCAUUUUAAAUAGUUUAAAAACUGCAGCACAUUCUAAGCAUAAAAGUUAUUGACAACAGGUACCUCCCUAACCUCCCAAAAUGUAUUACUCAUUUGUGAAGUAUUAAAGUUAAGAGGUAACUCAAGCAGAAUGCUGGUUAUGAAUGUAGAUACUAAAGCUGUUCAUAAACACUGGAAGUAGAAUUUUAAGCUUUUAGCCUUCAGUAGAAUGCACAUAUUGGACAUGUGCAUGUGGACACCUUUUUCAAUAGCACUCGUUAAUUUCCAUUGGAUGGUGUAAAAUGAAUACAAGUAUUUCAGUGGAAUUUGCUACUUAAUUUUUUAUUUUGUGAGGUCCAUGACUGAUAUAUACUUACUAUUGUUGUGGACAUUGAAGACAAGGUCAUUUAUAGGUGUCAGAUGUACAAUGGAGAACAAAAAUCUUUUUUCCUCACCAGCAUCCAAACACCUAUUCUUGAGGGAGCAUUUUCUUGCAAAAGACUUUACAUUUCAUUUUGUAUCUUUGCACUUUUUCUUUAUUACAGAAAGGUUCUGUCCUUAAGACCUAGUUUGAACUUCAUGCAGUAAUAGGAACAACAAAAAACAAUGUUGGGAGUUUACAUUAUUCAAAGCAUAGGGAAAAGUACUAAAACCUGAAUUUUCUUGACUAUUUCAGAUGUUACUAGUCUUAAAAUGUUUGAAGUGAUUUGCUGUUUAACUCCAAGCAGCUGCAGACAAGAUUGAGAUUUGUUAGUACCACUGGAAACAAAAUUGAACAAGUUAGGUUAAAAGUUUGCAGACUUUAUCUGUGGCAGCACUAGAAGAUGAGCCGUGUUGUUAAUUUGGAAUAUUUGCUCUAAAAAGAACACAUUAGUUAUACCUCAGUGGUAGUGGAGGUGGGGAUCGAGAAGAGUGUCCACAUUAGUGUUGGAAUGUAGGUAAUAAUUGUACAGAUCAUAGGAAAACCUUUAGCACCAGGAGAUAUAUGUGUGUGUGUGUAUGUAUAUAUACAUACACACACACACACACACACACACACACACACACACGGUCUUUAAGAACAUGGUUAUUGAAGUUCAUGCAGACUUUAAGAUUAGGAAACUGGUUAGCUGUGUUACCUCAAGUAAUGUUCCACUCCGGCCCCCACCCCUGGGAAAACAUUGCUUCCGUGCCAAGUAUUCUCUCCUAUUGUCAGUGUCUCAGAUUAUAUUUAUGAGGGGUUAUCACUUAAUAUGCUUUGUAUUUAACCACCUACUUCCCAAGUGUCCACCACAUGAAACGGGCCAAGCAUCAGCCAUGACUUUGAGUUAAUUCCCAAAAUACCCUUGUGACAGGGAGAUAAAUGUUGCAACAUGCCUCUUAAAAGGCCAUUUUUACAGCUUGCUAGGAUACAGUGGCACCUUGUGGUUGUUAAUAUUUUUCUUUUAAAGAUGGAGGGUAUUUUUAUUCUCCCUUUUCUCCUUUGUUCUUUUGUGAACGAAAAGAAUUCGUAAUCUGCCUUAUAUUUGAUUUUUUAAAGUUGUAACUUACUGGCUUCCCUGUGAAAUGUUUUACCAAUAUUAAGUACAUAGAAGCCAUGUUUGCAGGGCACUUUUGUUUUUUCCUAGUCUUAUAAGACUAUGCUAAUUGCUACUUUCUGAAGUAUUCUGUACCUUAGUAAUGUAAGAGAUUGAUAAGGCACAUGUUAAAGUGUCAGGUGUGUUUUUUUUUCCCUUAAGUAUAUAAUUCUUCAGUAUGUUUAAUAUUCAAUAACAGUGUUGUAAUUCAUUGAGUUAACUGGUAAAUUGUGUGCUUUUGAAAAAUUUGAAAAUGGAAAUGAACAUAAAUGCUUCAUUUGGAAAGUUAAAAGUGCAAGGUCCAAGGAACUAGUAUUUCACUUAUUUUUAAAUCAGAUUUUUAAUAAGCAACUAAAAACAGCUGUGAGUUCAGUACCUGCCCUUUAAAAUUUUAACUUUCUGAAAUUAAGGAUUUUUCUUAACUGAAACAGUUCUAAAAUAUUAUCUAGUAUCCCACCAAGUGAGUGAUCUCAUUUAAGUCACCCUUACAGCAUCCAGUAGAGCUGUUAUUGGGGUGUUAAAAUUCUCAAGUGAUAAUUACAGAAACAAUUUGUAUCAGUUUUAUGAUUCUUUUCAUGUCUUGGUUUAGAUCUGAAGGAAAUAGGCACACCCUCCACUCUAAAAAUUACAGUGAGAUAAUUGUUUUUGAUUAAGAUUUGUUUACUAAAGUUCCACAAGCUGCUUUAUAGUGGAUUAGCAGUUAUCUUAAAGACAUGCAGUGCAAGUGAACCCUAUCCUACCACCGUGCCUCUUUUUUUCAAGGCUUCCAUCAGUCCCUCAUCUUGCAGAUUUAUUCCAAUACCAAGGUAUGGUUGAACCAGCUGCCCAGCCUUAACUCUAUUUAGUGCCCCAUUACUAACAUUCUUUUAACUGAUUUGUAUGUGUUUUAACUGUCCAAUGUUUGGAUUUUACCUCUUGAUAGCUCCAUUUGUCCCUGGUACGCAGUUGGCCUGGUUAUGUAUCUGUGCCUGUUUUAUCUUCUCCCAGGAAGAGCUGCUUUGGUAUAGAUGUUUACUUGGAUUCAUACAAAGAACCAGGCAGCAAUCUUGGAAAGCUUUCUGAAACCUAUAAGAACUCGAAGGUUUGGAGGGGGAACGGUAACAAAGGCUGCCUUUAUGUCUUUGAACACGAAGCACAUAAAUGUAUGUUCUGUAAAGACUUAAGUGAUUGUUAUACCAGGGCUUCCUGACCUCCGGGAGAGACUCAAAAAGCAGAGAGGAGCACAAAGUGAAGUGAAUUUGGUUGGCUUGCUUUAUCUGGUUUCUCAUUUUCUUUCAAUUUAAACCUGAACAUAACAACCUUCUCCAAUAUCUAUCCAGCAGACUCCUGGUUGGGAAGCCCUGUAUUAAACUUUGAGAAUGUACCCAGUUUUCUUUUUUUUGUACAGUGCUUAAACUUGCUGAAAAUAACUUGUUUAAUGCAAAACAAGACCUUGAGAGGUCAGUCAUAUUAAAGCUGGUUUGAUUAUUAAUAGUUAUCUUUUAGGAAGAAGCUUUUUCCCUAUGUAAGAUGUCAUACUGCAGAUUUAAAAUAUAGACUAUCAAUAAAAUGCAUGAAGUGAUCAUUUGUGCUUGAUCAUCUCUCCUUGGGUUUUUCUUUAAAAGGGGGAAUCUUCUAAAGGUUCUGUUGCUUCAAACCAAUGUCAAUAGACUUGAUUUUUAGAAUCAAGCGGAAUUACAGUGCAAUCUUGAUUUAGAUUCCCCUCACUGCUGAGUGAGUGUGGGCAGGUACUGGUUUAUGUGAUAUAACUUCGGUUUUAUCUGUGUUCUGUAGUUAAAUGGCUUAAUCUUUGGUAAAAUAAAAGAUUAAAGUAUAUUCCGAUA